AUGAUCCCGAAAACCUCCCCCGGUCAAGAGACCCCGCAAAAAGAAGGCUACACCUACCUCCCGCAUUGUUUUCUGCCCCAUGUGAGGUGGGAGCAAUUUAUUGCGGGCCUGGCCGGCGGGGCGAUAAGUACGUUGGCUUUGCACCCUUUGGAUCUGGCCAAAGUUCGACUUCAAGUCAACGAAGGCACAGGUGCUGUCAAUACUCGCCCGCGUAGUGCUCGUAUGAUCGGCACCUUAAGCGAAGUAUACAAAGCUCGUGGUCUUCUUGGACUAUACCAGGGCAUCACACCCAACCUUCUGGGAGCAGCAUCUGCAUGGGGCCUCUACUUUUUCAUCUAUGGGGCCAUGAAGGACCAUGCUCAGGAGGGGGACCCCUCACGUAAGCUGAAGAAGAUGGAAUAUCUUGGAUACGCUUAUCUUUCAGGAUGUCUUGUGUUGUCCUUGACAAAUCCGAUCUGGGUAGUGAAGACGAGGAUGUGUCUGCAAUAUGAAACCUUAGCUACUCAACGAGUUCCUACUCUGACUACCUGGGGCAACUUGGUCUCAUUGUGGCGAAUGGAAGGCAUAAAAGGCUUGUACCGCGGUUUCGUGCCGUCUCUCGUAGGAAUGAGCAACGGAGCUAUCCAAUUUCUUGUAUACGAGGAGAUGCGCAACUACUAUAAUGGAACGUACUUCCACCGGCCCAUCGAUACUCAUCUGUCGCCCUUCGAGUAUCUGACGAUGGCAACGGUCUCUAAGGCCAUUGCCGUCGCGGCAACCUCUCCAUUCCAAGUUUUGCGAUCGCGCCUGCAGGAGCAGCAUCGGAGUUACGGUGGUAUCAUGGAUGUCAUAACUUCUAUAUGGAGAUACGAAGGCCUCUUGGGCUUCUACAAGGGCCUCUGGCCCGGCAUACUCAGGACGGCCCCGGCCUGUGGUAUCACAUUCGUAGUCUAUGAGAACGCAAACAAGUGGUUGAAACCGAAACCCAAAUAG